AAGGAUAUUUUCGUCAUUAGAUCGGUAAAAGAUAACUAUAAAUACCGCUCCUCCUUCAUAGCCAUUCCCAAAUUGAAUUGAAUCAAUUCACCGAAACCUAAUCUCGCAGUUCCAGUUUUCCCAGAUUCUCGUUUCAAGAUGCAGAUCUUUGUGAAAACUCUGACCGGCAAGACCAUCACCUUAGAGGUGGAGAGUUCAGAUACCAUUGAUAAUGUAAAAGCCAAGAUCCAGGAUAAGGAAGGGAUCCCACCUGAUCAGCAAAGGCUUAUCUUUGCUGGCAAGCAGUUAGAGGAUGGUCGCACCCUUGCUGACUACAACAUCCAGAAGGAGUCCACCCUUCACCUUGUUCUCCGCCUCAGGGGUGGUAUGCAGAUCUUUGUCAAGACCUUGACAGGGAAAACCAUCACCCUCGAGGUCGAAUCCUCAGACACCAUUGAUAAUGUCAAGGCCAAGAUCCAGGACAAAGAGGGUAUACCACCCGACCAGCAGAGGCUUAUUUUUGCUGGGAAACAACUUGAGGAUGGGAGGACCUUGGCUGAUUACAACAUCCAGAAGGAGUCCACCCUUCAUUUGGUUCUUCGAUUGAGAGGCGGCAUGCAAAUUUUUGUGAAGACCUUGACAGGAAAGACAAUAACGUUGGAGGUGGAAAGCUCAGAUACUAUUGAUAAUGUGAAAGCCAAGAUUCAGGACAAGGAGGGCAUCCCGCCAGACCAGCAGAGGCUCAUCUUUGCUGGAAAACAGCUUGAAGAUGGAAGAACCCUUGCUGAUUAUAACAUUCAGAAGGAGUCUACUCUGCAUUUGGUGUUGCGGCUUCGUGGAGGCAUGCAAAUUUUUGUCAAGACCUUAACAGGAAAGACCAUUACCUUAGAGGUGGAAAGCUCUGAUACGAUUGAUAAUGUGAAAGCAAAGAUCCAGGACAAGGAGGGUAUUCCCCCAGACCAGCAGCGACUUAUUUUCGCUGGUAAGCAGUUGGAAGAUGGACGUACACUGGCAGAUUACAAUAUUCAAAAGGAAUCCACUCUGCAUCUUGUCCUUCGACUUCGUGGUGGCUUCUAAGAGUGGUGACUGUCUCUUUAAGUAUUUUCAGACUGUGUGAUGUUCUUGAUUCUGCGACUGUUUGUUAUAACUUGUGAAUUGCCCUGUUCAGUGGCUGGUAUUAUGUUUCAAGUUUGGUGUAUGACCCUGCUCUUUAAUUUUUAAUGUUUCAUUCUCGAA